CCAACUGAAAAGCGAUGGCUAGAAGCAGAGCUUCAACAGUUCCAAGAGAGACAAAAUCCAGCGUAUUCGGUCGACGGCACGUGCGGCCCAGCUCAUGGCGGUACAGUUUGUGAUCCGAACAGCAAGGCGUAUACCGGUGGAUGUUGCUCACAGUUCGUAUAUUCUUCUGAGCGUGAACUGGGCGGUGCUGACUCGAGAUAAUAGAUACGGCUGGUGCGGAAAUACACCAGGGCAUUGUCUCGUCGCGAACGGCUGUCAGAGCGGAUGUACAGACGGUUCCGGGGGGAACACAGGUAGAGGCGCACAACCAACCACGACUGGUGAGCCGGUGAUUGGCGGGAUGUCGGCAACAAUGCCAGCUUCAGUCGCUGCGACUGGUGCAGCGACUACUGAUGGUGAGUCCUCAUUCUCCUGAAGCCUUGUUCCCCAGCUGGCGGGAACAGGAUACAAUUUCGAUCCUCUCCUUAUUUGAAGCAAUGCUAAUCCGCUGAAAUUCAGGUACUUGCGGAGCCGCAAACGGUAACACCGUUUGCGGGAACUGGCCAAAUG